GCACAAAGCCAAGGCCGGGACAAACCGCUCCCGGUCGCUUACUACUCCCCAUCUCGGUGCCGGUGCCGGUGCCGGUGUCGCCGCCGAGGAUGUGGCUGUACGUGGUGGCCGUGCUGCUGGGGCUGCUCCUGCUGCGGCGCUGGCACCGGGAGCGGCAGACGGUGCCGCGGCUCUGGGAGAAGCACGUGCUGAUCACAGGAUGUGACAGCGGCUUCGGGAACCUGCUGGCGCGGCAGCUGGACGCGCGGGGGCUGCGGGUGCUGGCCGCCUGCCUGACCGAGGCCGGGGCCGCGCAGCUGCGGGCGGCCACCUCCAGCCGGCUGCAGACCGUCCUGCUGGACGUCACCUCCAGCAAGAGCAUCGCCCACGUCACCGCCUGGGUCCGGGAGCGUGUGGGUGACCAAGGCGGGACUGGUGCAGCCCCAGCUCAUCCCAUCCCCUCUCCAGGGCUCUGGGGGCUGGUGAACAACGCAGGGAUCGCCAUCCCCACCGCCCCGAACGAGUGGCUGACCAAGGAGGACUUUGUCAAGGUGCUGGAUGUCAACCUGGUGGGGCUGGUGGAGGUGACACUGAGCCUCCUGCCGCUGGUGCGGCGGGCGCGGGGCCGCGUGGUCAACGUGGCCAGCGUGAUGGGCCGCGUGUCCUGCUUCGGUGGUGGGUACUGCAUCUCCAAGUUCGGCGUGGAAGCCUUCUCUGACAGCCUCAGGCUCGAGAUGCACAGAUUCGGGGUGAAGGUCUGUGUGAUCGAGCCAGGCUACUUCAAAACGAUGAUCACCAAUGUUGAGAACCUGGAGAAGAAUUUUUAUGCCAGCUGGGAGAAGCUUCCUGAGGAAAUCAAAGCGAGUUAUGGGGAGAAUUACUUAAGGGAGUUUGUGGCAUUGCUCAAGGUGCUGCAGAAAAGCUUCAACUCCAACCUGUCACUGGUCACCAACUGCAUGGAGCACGCGCUGACCAGCCUCCACCCCCGCACCCGCUACUCUGCUGGCUGGGACGCCAAGCUGCUCUACCUCCCCCUCAGCUACCUGCCCUCAGCCCUCAGCGAUGCCCUGUUCACCUUUUUCUACCCCAAAUCUGUUGGGAAAGCCUAAGGUGGGGUUGCAGCUGGCAGCCAGGAUCAGAGUGAGAUCCAAAACUGGAUGCAGCCAAGGCCACACCGAGGUCCCUGAAUUUGUGACUGCAUGUCUGACCCUCUGUCCCCGGCUCAUGGAUGGGUUUGUCCUGAAUAAAGACCCCCUGUCCCCUCCUG